AUUUGGGGCAGAGCAGCGUUUGAAUGGGUUUUCUUAUACCUACACACAGACAGACAUACACCUUGUCAAGUACUUCACUUCUCUGGAUGCCAAAGUACAAGUUGUUUCUACUGAGGCAUGGGGAGGGAGCCUGGAACAAGGAGAAUCGCUUCUGCAGUUGGGUGGACCAGCACCUGAGUGAGGAGGGGGUGAAGGAGGCCCAGCAGUGCGGCGGGCUCCUGAAGGAGCAGGGCUACCGGCUGGAUGCGGUGUUCACCUCGCUCCUCACUCGCUCCAUCCAGACGGCCUGGCUGGUCACCCAGGCGAUGGGCGACGAAUGGGUCCCUGUGCUGAAGUCUUGGCGGCUGAACGAGCGCCAUUACGGGGCCUUGAUCGGGCUGAACCGUGCCGAACUGGCCCUGAACCACGGGGAGGAGGAGGUGAGGCUCUGGAGGCGCAGCUACGACAUCACACCUCCCCCCAUCACCGAGUCCCAUCCCUUCUUCUUCGACAUUUACAACGACCGCAGGUAUCUCACCUGCGACGUCCCUCUUGAAGAGCUUCCCCGCUCCGAAAGUCUGAAGCAAGUUCUGGACAGACUACUGCCCUACUGGAACAAUGUCAUCGUGCCAGAGAUUAAGAAGGACCGGACCGUUCUCAUCUCAGCCCACGGCAACAGCUGCAGAGCCCUUCUGAAGCACAUUGAAGGGAUCUCAGACGACGAUAUAGUUGGUGUUACUUUGCCCACUGGGAUACCCAUUUUACUUGAACUGGACAGUGAUCUGCAGCCAGUGAAACCUCACGAACUACUGGGGAACCAGGUGCAGAUUCAGAAUGCAAUUAGGAAAGUGGAGGACCAGGGGAAAGCCAAGAAAACAGACACAUAAAGGAUAUGUGAUAUUGUGUCAAGAAGUGGUGUCAUGUUGAAAUAUCAUGCUGGUCAUUGUUAAUGCUCACUAAACCAAGCUGCAGCUGCUUUGAGUUACAAAUAUGGGUACUUACACACAGCAGCACAGCAGUAAUCACCUUCGGAAACACAAACUAUACAUUGAACACAUUCCCUAUUGAAUUUUUUUAAAAUAAAUGCCUAAAUUUGUUUUCUUCUUCACAAUAAUGUAUCGUGAAUAAUGUUAAUUUAUGCCAGACGCUCAUGAAAAUCAAGUGAAAUUCACCAGUAAAUAACUCUCCAGAGUUAUUUACUGCUGAGAAAUCCGCACGUAUUCUGAGCGGAAUCAGUACCUCUGAAAGCCACUGGUGACCUGUGUAAAUGUUUAUAAUGCGCAUUCAAAUCAUAACUGUUUUAGUUUUUGUACUCUGGAUUGUGUUAAACUGACUGCAUUUUCAACUGAAAAAAUUGGUACCACUUUUUAACACAAUCUUUGAUGACAAGUGCAUAAGUUAAGAACAUUACAAUAUUAGUAAACACUGGUAAAUUUCAAUGUUAAUAAAAUCAUUUUAAAGAUAUAAAUGCACAUUAGGUAAUCAUAUAUGUUUGAUUUAAAGUGCUCUAUAUAAUAUAUACAGCAAUGGGCAUUUAAAAAUAAUUCAUUUUUGCAGACAUUGCAUAUUCAUUUUCAGCUGUUGGGUGUUCAGUGUAUUCAGUGUAGGAAAUUUUAAUAUAUGAUGAUGAUAUUUGUACAACCAGAAAUAUGAGUCCGGCUAAAUUCAUAAUUCUUUACUGAAAUUGUUAACUAGGUCAACCACAUGCCUGUAUUUUGUGUCUUUUCCGUGUUUUUUUUUUAGAUUUUCUUGGAAAGGGAACCACUGUGAAUUAUUGAAACUGUCUUGUAUGUGUCAUCAAGUCGCCUGUUUUUGAAUUUCAGUUUUUCUUGAUGUUAGAAUCUCUUUCAUAAUGUGUAUCAGCAGUGGAAUAAUGAGACUUUUGCAAAAAAAAAAAAGCUUUCAGCAAAUAUAAGUACAUAAGAUUAAAUUACUUAUUUAUUGUUAGCACUGUGUUGUUUAAAUGCCCUUCAUCAGCUUCCAA